CCAAACAAAUAACACUACAUAUGCAAAACAAAAGAAUAGUGUACAAAAACCAAUGAUAGUUUGAACUCGAUUACAAAAUUGAGAAAGCAAAAUCACUUGUAGGCCCCUUCACUAGUUUUUCUUUGUUUCACAUUUCAUGCAUUCAUGCAUCCAAAGAUUCUAACAUAUUCUCAGUGUUGAAUCUGUGCUGGCUAUCAUUUCACACUCGGAAACAGACGGAAAUAAAAAUUAAAGAAAACAAAUUUGUUUCUAAAAAUAAUGAAAGUAUCUUUUCCUAUGGGAAGUGAUGAUAGUUCACCGCGUUCAUAUUUCUUUUUAUAAACAAAGAUGAGAGUUUAAUGAAUUCAUCCUAAAAAUAAAUAUGAAGUUAAGACACUUGCAAGUGAAUACUAUUUCUUCACCCUAGUAAGAAGAAAAGGAAAUGAAAUAGAUUGGUCGAUGCUCGUAGGAGUAAGGAAUAAAAGGGUGACUGAUUCCACUCAAUUGGGUUGAGAUUUGAGAAGGCAAGCUUAAGCUUCCCUUUCUUUGCUUUUACCCUGUUAACGAGGGAUCAAGUCACAUGGCAGUCAACUUUUUGGAAAAUUCAACAAUUUGGAAAUGUAUUUUUCACGUGUAACGCGUAGUCAUCAGUUUACGUGGCCCUCGACGACUUUUAACCUAUGUUAUUCUUCUUUCCCAAGGAUUCAGUGCCCGCGGAAGCGGCCCUCUUCCUCUAUUUAACUCCUCCCCCACCCCUCCUCCAACCUAGUCUAAACUCAACAAAUACAGCCCCAACACACAAUCACAAAGCCAACAAGAAAAUCAUACCUGAUCAGUCGGGGUCUAGCUUUCCCCCAAUGCCGAGAAAAGGAAUGAGGAGCUUCUUCUUUUCACACAAAGCCGAUUCGUCCUCCGCGUCUCACUGCCCUUCACCGUCCCGAUCGACAGCCACUCCUUCGAUCCCUCGGAGAAGCAUUUCCGAUGCAGCAAUGGCGAAGGGUGUUGAAGAGGCAGAGGCCAUGAUUAUGAAAUGGGACGCGGAUACUUCAGCCUAUGCUAAAGUCACUUCUAUCUUUUACGAGAGCAAAAAAGAAGCCCAUGAUUUUAUCAAAUGCGUCAAUGACUUACAGAAGGCAAUGCAUUUCAUGGUGUCCGAGAACUCCAGCUCCGAGAUGGUGGUGCGUGCCCAGCGCUUGAUGCAAAUUGCCAUGAAGAGGCUUCAGAAGGAAUUCUAUCAGAUUCUUUCUACCAACCGCGCUUACUUGGACCCGGAGUCCGUGUCCACUCGAUCAUCACGUUUGUCAGCAAGAUCUAGCACGUCUGACUAUGACGAUGAUGUUGGACCGGAGGAUGAGAUUCGAACGGCAGGCGAUUCCAUUUCUGAGGUCGAACAAGUAUCUAGUAAUGCAAUGGAUGAUCUGAGAUCCAUAGCCGAAUGCAUGAUCUCGUCCGGCUAUGGCAAAGAGUGCGUACGCAUAUACAAAAUUAUCCGCAAGUCUAUAGUGGACGAAGGAAUAUAUCGUCUUGGAGUCGAAAAAUUAAGUUCUUCGCAGAUUCAUAAGAUGGAUUGGGAAAUCGUGGAGUUGAAGAUCAAGAAUUGGCUGGAGGGUAUUAAGAUAUCUAUAACAACACUCUUCACUGGGGAGAGAAUCCUUUGCGAUCAUGUCUUCGCGGCAUCUGACUCCAUGCGUGAGUCUUGUUUUGCGGAAAUCUCAAAAGAAGGAGCGACUCUUCUGUUUGAAUUCCCUAGACUGCUCGUAUCGAAAAGUAAGAGAUCCCCGGAUAUGGCGUUCCGUACACUCGACGUGUACACGGCGAUAUCUGAUAAUUGGCCGGAUAUUGAAUCGAUAUUCUCCUUCGAGUCCACUUCUUCUGUUCGUUUACACGCUCUCACCACGCUCAGCAAACUUGGAGAAUCAGUACGGAUGAUGUUGUCCGAGUUCGAAUCGGUGAUUCAAAAGGACUCGUCCAAAUCGCCAGUUGCAGGCGGAGGACUCCAUCCUUUGACUCAAUACGUGAUGAAUUACUUGUCUCACCUUGCCGACUAUAGCAGCAUUCUUGGCGACAUCAUUGGCGAUUCUCCACCGCCAGUUCAGUCGCCUUUGCCGGAGUUCUACUUCGAAAGUUCAGACACCGACAACACUCCGGCGCCAGCCAUCUCCGUUCGAUUGGCUUGGAUUAUACUUUUCCUUCUCUGCAAGCUGGAUGGCAAAGCAAAGCAGUACAAAGAGGUGUCUUUAUCGUAUCUCUUCUUAGCGAACAAUCUUCAACACGUCGUUUCAAAAGUCCGUACAUCGAAUCUCCGGUACCUCCUCGGAGACGAGUGGAUCUCCAUGCAUGAAUCUAAGCUGAGACAGUUUGCCGCCAACUACGAACGGUUAGGUUGGGGCCACGUCAUAUCGUCAAUGCCGGAGAACCCUAAGGCUGCCAUUUCGCCGGAGGAAGCCAAGGAAACUUUCCGGAAAUUCAAUUUGGAGUUUGAACAAGCGUAUCGGAAGCAAUCCUCUUAUAUCGUACCAGACCCGAAACUUCGAGACGAAAUAAAAGCUUCCAUCGCCAGGAAACUCGACUCGGUGUAUCAGGAGUUCUACGAGACCCAUCGUGAGACACUGGCCACCAUACGAAAUGCAGAGAUGCUUAUCAGAUUUGCCCCCGAAGAUGUGAGAAAUUGCUUAUCGGAUCUAUUUUACGGCACGGGUUCGGGAGAUUCUAUGAGUGUCUCUUCCACGUCUUCUUCGUCAUCCCCACGACGGCGCCACCGCUGAGUGUAUAGAGCUCACAGAUUUCUUGAUUGUAUUAUUAUUAUUUUUUUUUUGUAAUUUUUUUCUGGACAUAAAUAUACCUGUUUUGUUUUAUUCUUAAUUUCCUAAAA